GGCCCAGCUGCACCUGUGCCAGAUUUGGCCUGCCUGCCUCCCCAGCUGGAGGCAAUGGGGGACAGCAGCGGAGAAGGCCUCAGGCAACCAGGAGUACCAAGCUGCAAGAAAGCACCCAGCUGUGUGAUAAUCAGCACAGUAGACCGUGCUUGGCUACUGGCAUUUAACUGCAGGAGCACAGUGGAAUCAUUCCCUAGGACAAAAACUUGCUGCUUAUGGUGACCCCGGGAUUCUUUGGUCGCACCUCCUGGUGUGAUGUGCGAUGAUUAUCCAAGGCUGCAGGGCAGGGAGAGCUGAGUUCUGCUGUGAGUGUGACAUCUCUGCCAGCUGGAUCACCGCUGCGGUCUCUGACGGUGAUGAGUAGAACAAGGGUUAAAGAGGGUUCGUCCAGAUCGAAAUGGUCCCAGUGAACGGAGCAACUUUGUAACGGCAGCUAGUACUUAUCUGUGUAAAACCGGCUGCAAACCCGCCGUGAGCUGCCACCGCCUUGACAGAUGCGCUGUGCUGCCUUCAAGAUCCCGCACAGAUGUUCCUCGUCCACCCGACAGGAAGCUUCGUCGAGCCAAGAUUAGCUUACUGAAGUCACCAACAGCAGUGAUUUUUUCAAAGCUUUCCGGCUAUGCAGUGAAGAUCUGCAGCAAAGAAGCAGCUAUUUUUUUCCUCUCCGUGAAAGGUUAUAAAUGAUUAGCCCUUAUGACCAACAUGAGCUGGAGUUUUCUCACCCGUCUGCUAGAAGAAAUUCACAAUCACUCCACUUUUGUGGGGAAGGUCUGGCUCACCGUGCUGAUCGUCUUCCGUAUCGUCCUGACGGCUGUCGGAGGGGAGUCCAUAUACUCAGAUGAACAGAGCAAAUUCACGUGUAACACCAAGCAACCAGGCUGUGACAAUGUCUGCUACGAUGCCUUCGCACCGCUAUCACAUGUCCGGUUCUGGGUCUUCCAGAUCAUCAUGAUCUCAACCCCUUCCAUCAUGUACCUGGGCUAUGCCAUCCAUAGGAUCGCUAGGUCCUCCGAGGAGGAGAAGAGGCUUAAGGUACUCAAGAAGAAGAAGAAGCAGUUUGCUUUGAACUGGCAGGCCGUCCGUAACUUGGAAGACCCUUUGGAAGCAGACGAAGAGGAGCCCAUGAUCUCCGAUAACACGGUGGAAAAUGAGGAGAAAGCCAAAGCAAACAAAAAGAGCAAGGAGCAGCAGAAGCACGACGGGAGGAGACGCAUUAAGCAAGAAGGGCUGAUGAAGAUUUACGUCUUCCAGCUCAUUGCUAGAGCUUCAUUUGAAGUUUGUUUCCUGGUUGGGCAGUAUUUUCUCUAUGGCUUUGAGGUGGAAGCAUAUUUUGUCUGCAACAGAGCCCCUUGCCCUCACACCGUGGACUGCUUUGUGUCAAGGCCGACAGAGAAGACCAUCUUUCUCCUGGUGAUGUAUGUUGUGAGCUGCCUGUGUCUGUUGCUCAACAUGUGUGAAAUGUUCCACUUGGGGUUUGGGACCAUUCGAGAUGCCAUUCGCAACAGAAAGAUUAAUAGUUUCAGGCAGCCUCCAUACAACUAUUCCUAUUCGAAGAAUAUCUCCUGCCCUCCCGAGUAUAACCUGGUCGUGAAAUCGGAGAAGCCCGCAAAGGUCCCAAAUAGCCUGUUGGCCCAUGAGCAGAACUUGGCUAACGUUGCUCAAGAACAACAGUGCACAAGCCCAGAUGAGAACAUCCCGCCAGAUCUGUCCACCCUUCAUAAACACUUGAGAGUGGCCCAGGAGCAGUUAGACAUCGCAUUCCAGAGCUACAGUGCCACUCAGGCCAACAUGCAGCCUUCCAGAACCAGUAGCCCACCUUCAGGUGGGACGGUGGUAGAACAGAACAGGGUCAAUACUGCCCAUGAGAAACAAGGCGCUAAGCCCAAAGCCAGUUCAGAAAAAGGUAGUUCUAGCAGCAAAGAUGGAAAGAGUUCUGUAUGGAUAUAAUUAGGUGCUUUGACCGUAGCUCACAGACAGGGCAAUGUAAGUAGGAGUGUGGGUUUUUUCCAGCAUUGUCUAGAAUUCAAUUCACAGAGCACAGGCACAAUUUGUAUGUGGGAGUAAAUGUAGCUGACGGAUGAGUUGUUUCAAACGUUACAUUUGAAUAAUGUCUUCUGGUGUGUUAACAAAGACACUCCCUUUCUUGCCUAGUCCAUAUUCUCUCUGGGAACCUCCAUCGAGCUAAACUGUAUGGUCCCCCGCAGACGCCCCGGCACUGCUUAGGGGUGGGAGUAACAGUCUUUCUUCUUAUGUCACUCACUAGCUAUUUGCCCAGGACGACCCACUGCAGGCUCUCUGCGACAGAGACUGGACUGACAAGCGAGCUGGCUGGCGGGAAGGGGACUCUGUUGAUCAUUCAGAAGAAAAGUCUUGACUACCCUGAGCAACUCAUGUCCUGCAUCGUGAGGCUAUAGUACUGUACUUGUGUUGAGAAGGGUUUAAUUACUAAAUGUCCUUCCUCAAAUUAAUUUGAAUUCCUCCGUUAAAGGGGAAAACAGUGACAUGUUGAAUAAACUGCCACGAUCCACCAGCAUGGCUCGUUUCCUGCCUGGAUUCUUACAUGCACUAACAAGCAGUCAUUGGAGAUGAACGCAACAGAGAUUGCAGUCGUGAGUUCUAACCAUGCAUUAAUGGAACAUGAAGACUGUCAGAAGCACAGUAGCCAUAUUUUAAAGAAUGUACGCCACCCUGAGUGAUUAGCGUUGAGGUAAAUGUUGUAUCCUUUUCUUCCCCCAAUCAGUGUUGAACUGCAAAGCAAAUGGGAUCAAAUGCUAUGUAGCAUUUGCAGUCAAUUUGCACUGUAACGAUGCUGCAGUAUAGCAUUCAUCCCAGAGCUGGUGGGAAUUGCAGCAGUUUAGUGUUUUUUAACACUGCUACUGCACAUCUUAAGCAAAAGUGCCUUUAAGCAACCAGGAAAAUGAAAUUCGAAGUUUCUAAUGUCUGUGUUAACUCUUGGUAGAGAUCAGAAGACCAGUGCUGACAAAUUUUGUUAUCAUGUACUUUUGUUUUAAUCAAAAGCUUAUAAAUAGUUGCAGACAAAUAGAUCAAAGCAUAGUGUGUACAGUGUGUGUGUGGAGACAUAUAUUUAAGUAUAUAUACACACACAUCUGAAUAUUAUGUGUGAGAUACAGAUAUAUAUAAUGUAAUAUCAAUCCCACGAUGAUUUUUACAACUUCCCACCCCCACCAAAAAACACCAGCUCAGAAUGGUGGCUGAUUUUUCUCUCUUGGAGGUCAAAUGGCCAGCCCUUGGGCCAGAUCCUCAGCUGGUGUCAGUUGGUUCAGCUUCAUUUAUUUCAUCUGAUCCAACCGGAGACUCUGCCGGGAC